GAGAGAGACAGACAGACAGAGUUAACGGGAUUCAUGGAGGAUGUCAGUCUUCUGUUUUCUGCUUCUUCUCUCCCACCAUGCCCUGUAGGAUUAAUUUAAGAUGCGGCUGUGUUUCCAGAUCUGCGGAUUUCUGCUCCUACACUUUUACCUCCAGCUGCUCCGAGCUCAGGAUCCGUCCUGCUGCCAUCAUGCUCCUGAGUUCUCGCCUUGUAAAGAAGCCUGUGACCAGCUUGCCACGAUAAAGAGUGAGUCUCGUCUGAAGCAUCUGCUCCAGAGGUUACCCAGUUACUGUCCAGAGUCUAUGAGUGAACUGUGGCUGUGCAUUAACUCCACACUUCCAGGGGUGUCCAGGAAGUCAGAGGGCUGGGUGGGUCUGGGCUGCUGCGAACUGGCCAUUUCAGCUGACUGUCGCAGAGAAUGCAAACAGGCUUCAUCCAAAAAUGAUAUCACUAAAGUCUGCAAAAAAGUCACAGAGAAACCUCUGUACAGCUGCAUCACCAAAAAUGAAAUCGGCUCCACCUGCUGCAGUUAUGCUGGUCGUCACACCACCUGUAGAGAAUACUGCCAGGCCAUCUUCAGAACAGACUCCACCCCCACAGUGUCCCAGAUCAACGCCGUCACAGAGUACUGUCAGAGCCACAGCGCCACCCUACUGAGCUGUGUCAGCAACUUCACCAAGUCCUACCCCAUCCGCAGCCCCCUGGACAGUCUCUACUGCUGUGACCGGGCAGAGGAAACCCACUGCCAGGUGGCGUGUCGGCGGAUCCUGCGCACCAUGAACACAGAACAUGAGAUCAUGGAGGGGCUGAUAGAGGAGUGUGGGUCUCAGCCCCUCCCCCAGGACCCUCUGUGGCAGUGCUUCCUGGGCAGCGCACACCCCCCCUCCCCCACCGAGGAGACCCCCCACCCAGCCAAGAUGGACUGUGCUAAGCUGCACUGCUGCUCCAAGGCCAACACCUCACUGUGCAGGGACAUGUGUCAGGAGAUCAGCACUAACUGGGGCAGUCAGACGUGGCAGGACUUCGACCAGCUGUGUGAGUACAACCCGGUGGAGACGGAGCUCAUCAACUGUCUGUCUGAUGUCAGAGAACCCUGUCAGCUGGGCUGCAAAGACCUGCACUACUGCACCAACUUCAACAACCGGCCCACAGAACUGUUCCGUAGCUGUAACGUCCAAUCGGACCAAGGCGCCAUGAACGACAUCAAGCUGUGGUCCAAUGGAACCAUCAAGAUGCCGUUCAUGAACAUCCCCGUCCUGGACAUCAGGAAGUGUCUCCCAGACAUGUGGAAGGCAGUGGCCUGUUCUCUGCAGAUCAAACCCUGUCACAGCAAGUCCAGAGGCAGCAUCAUCUGCAAGUCCGACUGUGUUUAUAUUCUGACUCAGUGUGGGGACAGGAAACGCUUCCAUGAGGGACAAACGCCAGAGAGAAUCUGCGAACUGCUGUCGCCGAUGGAUGACCCCGAGCGCUGCAUCCCCCUGCACAGAUACCUGACUCCCAGUUCUCUCAGCAACAACAUCAUAGAGGAAGUCAUUCAUCCAUGCAACCCCAACCCUUGUCCAAGCAACCAUUUAUGUCAGGUGAACAGGAGAGGCUGUGUGGACGACUACCACUGUCUGCCUUACCUGUGUGUCCCAGGUUGUAAACUGGGCGAGGCGUCGGAGUUCCUGGUGCAGCAGGACACUCGUAUCCAAGUGCCGACUCGUAGCGGUCCGUCGGGCUGCUACGAGGUGUGCACCUGUGGACCCAGUGGGCGUCUGGAGAACUGUGUGGACAUGCCCUGUGUGGACACCAGCAAGGGCUGCAUCGUAGGAGGACAGAGGAAGAGCCACGGGACAGCGUUCAGGAUCGACUGUCAUCCCUGUUCCUGUUUUGCCGGUGAAACCAUCUGCUCCACCAGAGAAUGUCUGAACUACGAAAGCACCGAUGAGGAGAGGCUGACCUUUACUGGUCUUCCCUGUAAUUGUCCGGACCGCUUUGUCCCAGUUUGUGCCUCUAACGGUCGGUCUUAUCCCAGUGCCUGCGUGGCUCGGUGUAUGGGCUUCAAGGACCACCAGUUCAGCUUCGGACAGUGUCGCCACAACAACCCCUGCACCAACCAGCCCUGUCAGACCAACCAGAGGUGCAUCCCAAAGUACCAAGUGUGUCUGAGUGACACCAGCGACACGUCUGACUGUCCGCAGUACAAGUGUGUCGGUCGAUUGGCGACCUGCGAUAAGAAUGGGGAGGAGCCGGCCUGCGAUACCGACGGCCACGUCCACCCCAGUCUGUGCCACCUCCAGCAGGUCGGCAAGGUCCUGAACUACAUGGGCCAGUGCCAGGACGCCUGUAGGACUACCCGUCAGGUUUGCGGCCAUAAUGGUGAGACCUAUGAAACGGUGUGCCAUGCCUUCUCAGACCGCGUGGGCGUGGACUACGAGGGCUACUGCCACGCCGUGGGGGCCGUCUCUGACUCUGCCCCUGAAUCAGCGUGCAGUUUGAUUGACUGUCCGCCUCUGUCGGCUCCUGGCUGCCAGCCCGUCACACCACCCGGGGCCUGCUGUCCAGUCUGUGCCAGCAUGCUGCAGAUCCUCUGGAACAAAGAGCAGAUGAACACAUUCUCAAAGUUGAACAGAAACCAGCCGGUGACGGUCCAUGACGUCCUUCGUCUCCUUCGUCUUCAUGUGUCGGUUCCUCAGUGCGACGUGUUCGGUUACCUGAGCAUCGACCACGAACUGGUGGUUCUGAUCAGCCCAGUGGACCAGAACCCCACCCCUCUGCAGAUGGAGGCGUGCAGUAAAGAGGCGGAGAAGAUCUCCUCCCUCAUAAACCACUCCUCCCCCACCCUGGUGUCCCACGUCCCCCUCUCUGCCUUCCUCACCUCUCAGAUCCACAUCUCCUCCAUCCAGUCGUCGGGGGGUGCUGCGCCCUCAGCUGUGCCCCCCCCCACCCUGAGCCUCCUCCUGGGCCUCUUCACUGCUGCAGCCCCCGCCCUCUGCCUCCAGUAAGUUCUUAUUACGCCCCCCCCAGCUCUCUUUAUGAAGUAUUCCAAAGCAGCCCCCAUCCUCCUCCUGGGGGGGUCCAGUGUCCUGGGGCGGGGGGGUGCAGUGUCCUGAGGGGUCCAGUGUCCUGGGAGGUCCAGUGU